GUUCAGUCUCUACAGCACGUCUGCAUGAUCUUGAGCAGUUUAAGCUCCUUCACAGCUCUGUUAUGGCGAAUGUUCAAACCAGGAUUCUUCAUCUGGAUCUCUCUAUCAUCAUUAUUUUCCUGAUUCAUGCAGAUUAUUCAAAAUCUAAUCAAGAGCAAAGGAUUCAGCAGCACAUCAACAAAACAGUGUUUGUGGGGGAAACGGUUACACUUCACUGCAACAAAACCCAACUUGAUGAAGAUUUCACAUGGAAAAUGAACAACUCUGUUAUUUUUAGGCAGGUCUCUUAUUUUAACAUAACUAAGACAAACUUCAGCUCCAACAGGAUUCACAUCGACCCCGCAGCUCCAAGAGAAUUAACAAUACAUCAAAUACAAGCGUCUGAUGCAGGAAACUACAGCUGCUACCCAGCAGCAAUAAGAUGGACAUUAACAAUAACAGAAAACACAACCAGACCAGAAUCACUCAAACAAAUGCCGCUGUACAUCAUCUUCUCAUGUUCUGGAGUCAUUAUGAUCUGUCUGAUCAUAACCAUCUGCGUUCACAGUAAACUGAAGCAGAUGAAGACAAACUCUGAUCUCUGUGAAAAAGACCAGGAGGCAGAAAGUUUAUUUACCACAGAACAGGUGAAGAUGAUCUCUGACUGUGACAAACACACAGUAACAGCCUGUGUCUACAGUCUUCAUACAGUUUCAUGAACAUCUUUUCUUCUCAAGACAGCAGUGUGUGUCUGACACUCAACAGAUCAUCAUUACAAUACAGGAAGAUGUUUGAGAACGAGACCAUUACAAUAAUAAAUACAGUCUCAGAGGAUCUGUAUGUGAAUGUGUAUUUGCCUCUAAAAUGCUGUUUGCUUAUUUGAUUUAAAAUAUCUACCAAAUAAUUUCACUUUAAUUUUCAGACAGAGGAAUAUGAGUUAUAAACUUUGAUAUGGCCAACUAUAGAUACAACAUCAUUUACCAUUAUCAAAUAAACAACUGACAGAUUUCAUAGAAAGUCACAAAGUGUAUGAUGGUCACAGACUCUGAUUUUUUAGCUUCAAACAAUGAAUCCAUCCAGUUGGAGGAUAUCAAAUAUGAUUGAAAUGUUAAACUGAUUUUAGAACACUUUUUUUUCUUUUUCAUUUAUCGCACAUCUCAGCAACAAGGCAUAUAUUUCUGUGUGACUUUGUCAUGUUCGGAGUGACUUGAAAGUCUGGUAGUGUAUCAUCAAGUUGUUUAGUGUGUUUUUUUUCCUGUAACUAU